AUGUUGUUCUGCCCAACAUGUGCAAAUAUAUUGAUGGUAGAAGAGGCUCCGGAAUCUGGACUAAGAUAUGCUUGCAACACGUGCCCUUAUGUGUUCAAUAUUAGGAAGAAGGUGUCAUCCCGCACUUUUCCGAAAUUAAAGGAACUCGACUAUAUUAUGGGUGGGGCAGCCGCAUGGGAGAACGUAGACUCGACUGAUGCUGUAUGCCCUAAAUGUGGACAUGGUAGAGCAUACUUCAUGCAGUUACAAACUCGUUCAGCUGAUGAGCCAAUGACUACUUUUUAUAGGUGUUGUAACCACACAUGCGCACACAACUGGAGGGACUAA